CCUUCUAAGUCCUCCACAACCACAGAGGCGGGCGAGCAGAAGAGAAGCAACUUUUGAGAGCGCCGCGCUCGCCUCCUGACCAAUGAGGAGGGCGGGCGGCGGGGAGCGCGGCGGCGAUAGGCCAGCGCGGCCGUCACGAUGGCAGAGUGGGAGGUGAGCGUUAGAUUUGAAUUCCAGGCGGGCAGAGCUGCUGCGCGCGCGGUGGCGACAGUGAGGGGAGUGGGGUGAGGGCCGGGCAUCGCGCGCGCAGGGGGCGGUUGGGGCUGAGGUAAGCCGGAGCGAUGGCGAUGGCAGCGGGCCUGGCGCGGCUGCCCGCGGCGUGCAAUCAACGGCUGGCGGAGCUCCUGCGGCAGGUGGACGACGUCGACAUGGUGUGGCUGGAAGAGAUACGCGAGGAGGCGGCCAGGAUGUUCGGCAGCCACUACAGUGACCAGCCGGAGCUGAUGCCCAAGACGCCAUCGCAGAAGAACCGGAAGAGGAGGAAGCGGCCGUCCGCGCUGCGGGGCGAGAGUCUGGAGCUGGGCAGGAGGAGAUUAUCUAGAAGGAGGACUAACAACCUCAAAGCAGUGUCCUCCAAGCGAUAUUCUCAGCGACUCCAAAAUAAAGAAGACUCAGCACCAGUCAGCACCGAGGCCCAAGAACUCUCAAGCCAAUCUGUCUCUCAGCGGUUGACAAGAUCCCAGGUUAUAGCGCCUGCCGACUGCUCAGAGGUCCUUCCUGAACAUCUAGGUGAAAGGGUAGUUCCCGUUGUAGAAAUCAGUGUCUGCGAUCGUGUUUCUGCUGAGUUUCAGUUCCAGAAGUGUGCACCUGAACCAGCGGAGAACCACUCCACGAACCUCCCCCUGAGCUCAGAUGACAAGUCUCCCGAGAAGAGCAGUGCUGCAGAAUCGCAGCAUUUGCCUUCUGCAUCUGAGCUCAAGGUCCCUCAUACCCCAGAGGCAAAAGGUUCAGGAGAGCACGAGAGUGCGUUUAAGAAGACAGCAAAAGCAGCUAAUACUACAGUUGUUUUAAGUGAAGAGUCUGGGCUGGAAGAGGUAGAUGACUCUGCUCAGGUGCAAAAGCAUAAUGAGAGGGAUGAUAAAGAACCUCAGCAUACAACAGAUAGCCCAGAAACCCCUACAGGUUCUAGGCUAAGCCGUCGCUCUGUGCGCAGAAGUUUGAUGGGCAAACCUUCCACGAUUCGUAGAACCUCUCUGGCAGAGAAAUACUCACUGGCCCGCAAGAGGGAAAGCGCUAUUCGGAAAUCUAUCGCCAGGACAGUGAUCAAGCGUAAGGCGCCCCAAAAGUUAUCUGUGUCCUCCAGUUCUGUGAAUGGCUCAGGUUCUGAAGAGGUGCCAGAAGAUGAAGAAACAGUUGUCAACACUGGACCUCCUCCUGUACCUCGUACCCCUCCAAAGCUGGAUUUCCAAGGCCUGCGGAUGUCACUUCGCUCUCAGACUGUCAAAAGAAAUGAACAACAGCAGGAGACGAGCAACAACGAAUGUGACUUAAGUAAGAGUGAGAAGACCCAGGAACCACCCCAAAGUGCCAGGAGAAAGACAAGUUACAAGAGAGCUGUGGAUCAACGCUAUGACACCCAGCAAGCAGAAGAUGGAGGGCUUUCUCCUCAGAGAAAAAAGACUCCAUCUCCUCCAUGUCCAGCCAGCAAAGUUGUACGGCCUUUCAAAACAUUUUUGCACACUGUGCAAAAGAAUCAGCUCCUCAUGACCCCAACCUCUGUGGGGAGAAAUGGAGUAAUAAAGUCUUUUAUCAAGUACAACACUCCUCUCCAACAUGAUCCCAAGGAAAAGGAGAGGCAAAAACUGCAGGCUCUGAGAAAGAAGGAAGAGGCUGAGCAGUUGAGAAAACAAAAAGUGGAGGAAGAAAAGAGACGGCGACUGGAAGAGGCCAAGUUGAGGCGUGAAGAACGCCUGCGUAAAGUGCUGCAAGCUCGGGAGCGGGCAGAGCAAUUGGAGGAAGAGAGGAAAAGGCGCAUUGAGCAGAAGCUAGCUCUGUUUGAUGAGAAGACAGAGAAGGUGCGGGAAGAGAGACUGGCAGAAGAGAAGAUAAAAAAGAGAGCAGCUGCCAAGAAAAUGGAAGAAGCGGAGGCCCGGCGCAGGCAGGAUGAAGAGGCCAGAAAGCAAAAAGCACUGCAGCAGGAGGAGGAGGAACGUCGGCACAAAGAGCUAAUGCAGAAGAAGAAAGAAGAGGAGCAGGAACGUGCCAGGAAAAUUGCUGAGCAGAGGCAGGCAGAACAGGAGAGAGAAAAACAACUGGCUGCAGAGAGAGAGCUGGAGAGGAAGAAGGAGCAAGAGAGGAUUCAGGCAGAAAAGCAACGUGAACAGCAAGAGAAGGCAGCUCGCCUGCAGAAGGAAGUAUUGGCUGCUAAAGAGCAGCUCCAGAAGGAGACGGAGAAAAAAAAGGAAGAGCAGUUGCUAGCAGAGAUGAAGAGGCAGGAGCAAGAACAGAAGAAACUACCAGAGGAACAAAAAGCUAAAGAUGUAGCCCAAACACAGCACCUAGAAAACAAAGAGAAUUCACCUGCCUGCAAUUCAUACCAGAUGACUCCACAGUACCAUAAAGAUCCAAAGCCCCCCAAGAUAAAUCCAAAUAACUAUGGAAUGGAUCUGAACAGUGAUGACUCUACUGAUGAUGAAAGCCAGCCUCGCAAACCCAUCCCUGCCUGGGCCAGUGGGAAUCAGCUUAGCCAAGCAGUAAUUCGCCAGUACUACAACCCUCCCAAUGUUGAUGCACUCUUUGGGACAAUUGUAAGCCCCAAGUUGGAGGACAUCUUUUACAAAAGCAAACCACGCUACUUCAAGCGCACCAGCUCUGCUGUGUGGAACUCCCCACCGUUUCCAGGUGCCAAAUCGGUUCUAGGUCUGCCAUACAGCCUGAAAAAGUACUGAGGUGGACAGUAGCUGUCUCCUGUGGAGCAAUAACAUGCAUUUUUCUCUCUCUAAAUGAGAAGAGAGUUACUAUUCAGUAUCCCUAAAUCUUUAGGCACCGGCAUUGAAUAAAUGUCAACUCUGACUGGGUCUCUUGCAUUUUCUAUUUUGGAGCCUUGUUUUCUUACCACUGAGCGAAGUUGCAGGCUUUGGGGAGAUCUUGCUUCUGAACAGGGCAUCUCCUGUUUCCUUCAGCUUUAAGAUGCAUUCUCAUGACCUGUAAGUCUAAAUCUUUGCAUCAUCUCAAGCAAGUGUGAUUGUUCUCUUCAGCCAAGCAGGCCUGGCAGCUGAUGCAUGCAGUAGAGAAAGGUAUGUUAGUGCUGUUCCUGCCUCUCUGUGGCUGAAGCCAGAAUAUUGUACAGCUAAUGACCACUGCACGCAUCUUGAGUCAAGUCCAAAGCACUACUGAUGUCCUUAAGAAUAAAGAUCUUAGCAGCCAUGGUCUUCAUCUCCUGCAAAUUGCAAAAUAAUUUGGUUUGGUUUUCAUUAGUAUGCUCUACGUCAACACCAAAUGCAUUUAUGUGCAUGAGCUAUAUUGAUGAUGAUGUUACUGCAGCUCAGGAGAAAAUAUUCUGAGGAUUUUAAUGACCUUUCUUCUGCUGUUAGAGAGAGAGAGAGGUGACUCUGGAGUUAACCAUGUCUCCAGGAACACCCAGACUAGCAUAAGUAAUCUUUGUACUUCUGGCAGCCUCUCAAAUAAAUUAUACAAAGGUUCGGGUAUUUUUUCUCUAAUUUAAAUUCCAUGUUUGUGGCAGAUUGGAUUAAAAGAAUGUUUUUAUUUAGCUUUAAUCCUUGUCUUGCUCUUUUCUCCCCUUAGAUAUUUCACUUAGUCAGCAUCAAAGCUGGUUUUAUUUUUAAGCCUUCACUUUGCACUUCUUGUUUGGUAAAGCAAUGUCAAAACAGUUUCCUCAUAACAGCAAAAUAUGAGCUCAGAAUUUCAGCUCCAAGAUCUCUUGAUGUUCUAGUCUACAAGUUUCUGCAUAGAGAGAACAGAAGUCCCAGUAGGGCAGUGACAUUUUUCAAGGAAACAGUUACAUAAAUUUCUUUAGGUUGCUGUGGAAAUCUGUCUUCUGCAAAGUAGGCAAAAUAUAUUGGUUCUUACCUCAGAAUCAUCUUUUUUUGGGGGGGCUUGAUUUUAAAGAGGGUGAGUAUUCAUGGCUGCAACCUCAGUCAGUAGACUGACAGCACUGUACAUACAGCUUGGUCGCUGAAAAAAAAAAUACCCCUGGAGAUUAUGUAACAUGUAAGGAGUAUUUCCUUGUGCUUUAGCUGUCCUUCAAAUAGAUACCUUUAAAAUGUGUUUUUAUACUUAUAACAUCUGUCAGUUUUGUAUUUGCUAUUGAUGAGUGCGUUCUGUGAAAUGAUUGUGCUUUGAUAAAUGUUCAGUAGAUUGAAUUUUGUACUGUCAUCUUAGAAUGAGGAAUGCUUACUGAAAUGACAAACAGUUGAAUGCUAUCUGAAUGUCUGACAGCUUGAUAAAACUGAAGUCAUCUCUGGUUCUUGUCUGGACUCAUCAUGGCUUUUUUUUUAUUAUUAUUUAUAAAAAGUACAGUAUUUUGGAACCUGUCCCUCUGGGUUGUGUUUUGCACUGUUUCCUUGAGAUAAACACAUGUUGUCUGUGAAGAAAUUCCUCAUACAGCAGAAAAGACUCAUGCUUUGAUAAACAGGCGGAAUUUGCUGAGCAGUUUACUGUUGUUUUGUUUCUGGGAACUGGAAAGAAGACUGUGUGGUAUGAUGAUAGAUUCCCAGAAAUACAUUCCUGUAAUUCACAGCAAUAUAUAUCUCAAGCCUGUGAUCCUGUUAGUUUGUAGAGGCAGGCAAGUCAUAUCUGUGGAGAGGAUUACACAGGAGAUGUAAUACAGGAAGGGUAAGGUGAUAUUCUCCAUCACAGAACUGAGGGGCAGGCUCAGGAUUUGAGGACAAUGUCAGCCUAAAUCUCCCAGAGUCUAAGGAAUAUAAGUGCCCUUGAGAUACUGGAAUAUUUCCCAUUACCUAUCAGUUUAUUACUUGUCUGACAAAUCCAAAAGAGUGGGUAGGGCAGCUGUUAAUGUUCUUUCUAGCCACAUUGAAUGUUACGGACACCUUUGUGAACAAGGGAUACUGGCAAUUUAAAAAGCCAAACAAAAAGUUGAGAAAGCAAAUUAUUGGCAAAGAGAAAAAUCACUUCCAGUCUUCACAGACCACUUAAACUUUGUAAGAAAGAUAGUAUCUUCACUGAUUUUUUUUUUUUACCAUUCUGUCUUGACAAUGAUGCGGUUCUGACCUUGACAAGAACCCAAAGUAAGCAAAGGAUUAUUACUGAGGCAUUUUUACUCUUCUAGCACUAACUUCAUCAAAAUCAUCUGAGUUUUGCUUCCCUCAGAUACUUCAGACUCAUCGUUGAAGGUAAGCAGCGUGUGACCUCUUGCGAACUUCUACAAGUAAGUAGAGAAAGCAGCUAGCUCUUCUGAGAUAAACGAUUGCAGUUCAGUUUUGCUUAGAACAACUGAGCAGAGGGGAAGGAGAGGGGCUUUUACCUUUCUUGCCUUUACCUUUCUUGCCAUAUCUGCUCAGCAGAACAGGACUGGUUUAGGAACUAGGACCCCUCAGUGCAGAAGAUAACACUGACAUGUCAAAGCAUUUAUUUCAUGUCUGUUUACAGGUGGGAUCCUGAGCCAGGAUCCAUACCUGUUUCCCAUUUGGGUUCAGAGGUGCUGGAAAGCUAAAUUUAAGGAGCUAGCACUACUCAAAAUCACUUUUAGGUGUGUAUGAGAGCUUGGUGUCCCAGCCAAACCUUACCCUUCUCCUCUGUCUCUUUACACUUAGUAUUUACUCUGGCAUUCCCUUUCCUAUAUUAAAUAUCUGAAUAUGCUUUCUCCUUAGAAUUAGAAUAAAUCUGGUUGUGUGUUCAUUGUGGCUAAUGCCUUUCUUGGCCUCCUUUGUAGGAAGAGGGGCUGACUAAGGAGAAUGGCUCUGGCCAGUGUAGCCUGCUACUUUGUGGGUACAAAAACAGCAGCUGGUGGCCAAACUUGAAGAGAUCACAACUGUGAAGAAAAUGGAGCCACUCUGGAAGCUGGCUGGGUAUGAAAGGUGUGCUGUGAAGUGUAUAGCUCUCAGGAAGAGAGAGCAUUGCAGCAGUGGCUGUAUCCUUUGAGGGGCUGGUAGUCUUGAGUGUGAAAGUAUUUCCUGAAGAUCUAAAUGUGGACUGUCAUCCUUCCCAGGCUGAAAUGGCAGUGGGAAGAAAUGCUGCUGCGUGCAGGUGAAAUCAGCAUCUCUAAUUUCUUGUAAAUUUCCAAUUCCAGGUGCCAAGAGCUUUCUCCACCUGCAGCUACCUUUUGGUGCAGGUGGCUGCCUGUCCUCCACAAUAACUGUUUGCACUGCACUACAAACUGACGGCUAGAACAACAAACAAAUGAAACAAUCCUUUCGGAGCAGGCCAAACCAAAUUCUGCUGUUUCUUGCCUUGAGUGUUGUGUUUAUUGAGCCCUGUAACUUAGAAUGCUUGCUAAGAAGGUGGUUUUAAGUCUUUGCUUGUGUCCUGCAGGAAGUUUAAGCUUUUCUCUUACUGCAUUUUCUCCAUCCCAUACUGCUGUUUCAGACAGUGUGGGAAGUGCUGCACAAAUGAGGAUUUGGCUCUCCCAUGUCUUUACUCUGGCCUACUCUGACCAAUGCUUGUACCACAGUGCUGUUAAGACAAGAAAGACCCACAAAGAGGAAUUACAUAUGUCAGUGAGCACAACCAGGCUUGAUUCUAGACUUAGUUGUUGUUAGACUUAAUUGAAUCUUUCAGUGUUUGGAUUCUUAACUUUCAAAUUCUGAUUUAGAUGUUUAUCUGCCUGCUUUAUAGUUUGUCCAACCUCCAACAGUGGAAAGAGAUCCAAACAAAGUAGCAUUCACUGCUUGCUUUUGCUUACUCUGGCAUUUCCCACAGCAGAUAAUUCCUUCAGCAGAGCAGCAGCCCUCCAUGUCUCCUGUCUCCUAAAUGCCCACCUACUGACUUCUCAGCUCCUGCUGCUGUCUGUCUGGUGUUGCUCUAGGCCAGUGCCACGUUCCUGGGGCAGGGGUCCCAUUUGGGACAUUCAGGCUAUGGUGCUCACUGUUCAAGUGAAGGAGAUGAUGGCAGCUCACAGAAAGGCACUGCAGGCCUGUAAACAAUGAAAGGUGUUCUUCCAUCCCCCCUACCUUCUUAUUUCAUAAGAUGAAGUGAUACAUUUGCCUCGAGUAAAAAUGCAAAGCCAAAGAUAAUGUAUGAUAGACUAUGGCUGCAAAGCACUGUUUUGUAGCACAUAAAAGGCUUUUAGCAUUUCAGUUAUCAUGUACAGAUGCACUGGGUCAGGUUCUGCAAUGGUUACAAACAACUCACCCAAAUUACCUAUUCUGCCUGUGCAUAGCAGCAUUCACUCAUAUUCAUACAACACAGAGCAACUAUUUUGCUGAACUCAUGGGUCUUUGGCAUGGUUACACCCAGCAGACAGCUCCCAUGACUUUCUACUGGCAAUGAAAAUGCCAUUGGGAAAGACAAGCUUGGUGUAAAUACUGCAGGUGGUCAAAAUGAACAUUUAUUGCUGACAGUAUAAAAUAUGUUUCCAAGUGACUUUUAAAUCAGAGGAAGAAACUAAUCUCCCUGUAGAGCUUUUGCUGGGACUGCAAUGCCAUCUGUGCAGUGACCACAGGCAAGAAAACCCCAGUCUUCAGAAAACCGUCAUGUGCUAAAAUGGGGUUAGCCCAAAUUAAGUUACUUCUAUGCAUCUGUUUUGCAGUUGAGUGAAGAAGCUGAGCUACAGAUCGAGCUCCAUCAACACGAGACUCAUUUAAGUGUUAUCCUUUUCUUACCAACCUUGAUAUUUUUCUCGCAGUAAGUAUCUGUCUCCAAACUAAGUGCUAAGAUACAUACAACAAGCCCGUACUUUUUUGCUAUGCUAACAAUAUAUUUCCAGCUCUACAUUCUCUACUAUAUUUUCAGAUUUAAAAAUACAGUGUUUUUCUGACACAAAAUGCAUUUCAUGAAUGAAAUGAAACUUGUCCAGCCCUUACCAUGUGCAGAACUGUGAAUCUUGGCAAGCAUACGUCUACAAGCUUUUAUUCUGAUUUCUUUUCCUAGAGGUGGAUGAAUGGAAUGAGAAGUAUAUGAAAUAACAUACUUUUUAACAAUUACCACAUACCGUACAUGUACCAAUACCACAAACCAUUGAGAUGAGUUAUAGUGGUAUUCCUCACAGUUAAUUUCAGCAGCUUACAGUACAGAUGCCUCCACCUGAGGCAGACAUCUGAACUUACUUUAGAGCUGAGGGUGAGGUGCUUAAUCAGGCCUUGGGGCCCUGAUGAUCCUGACCAUCCUCGGCUGGGCUCUUCAUCCUCAAUAAAGCUGAGCUGGGAGCCCUAUUGUUCCUUUUUUGAGCUCCAUCACAGUGCUGGCUCUCAGCUCAACUGCUUGGGGCUGUAGGUGCAGAUCAUCCCAGUGUAUGGACCAGCUUCUUGACCGUGAUCCAUUGCAGAAGUUAUGCAUCCAUGGAGGUGCGUGGCAAUUAGGGUUGAAAAGGAAUUUAAAGAUUAUCUAGUCUAAUCCCCUCCAUGGGGAGGGAUUAGAGACAGCCCCUCCAGAUCAGGCCACCCAGGGCCCCAUACAUACUAGUCUUGACCAUCUCCAGGGAUGGGGCACCUGAAGCUGUUCUGGGCAGCCUGUGCCCUGAAGAGACCAGCAAUGGACAUGUCACCUUGUUUAAGAGAACUGUCUCUGCUUCUAUGGAGAGAAGGAGGAACCCCUUGAUUUGUUCACUAUGGCAGGGCAAGCUAUUUCCCUGUGUGUUGCUCAAUGAAAAAAAAACAAACCACAUGCCACUCACGAAUGGAGGAAAAGUGGUAUUGGCAUCUUUUGUCGGUAAAUAAAUACACCACUGCUGUGAAGGUAAGGCUGCUUGACUGACAUCAUUGUCAAAGGAGGAGCACAGCCUGCUGCUUCCUGUAUAAAUGUCAGCUCUGCAGGAAGACUCCAAAGCUGCUGGGCUGCUGUGCUGUGCUGUGUGCAGCAGAAGCCACCAUGAAGCUGACUGUUGUUUUUCUGCUGGUUGCCCUGGCGUCUUACAGCUGCUCUCCAUCUGCUGCUUGCGAUCUUCUGCGUCAGUUUGUGCUGUCAGCUCUCUUUGAUCCUUUGGAUCAAUACCUGGAGUUCAUUGAGCCCUAUGUGGGGUCUUCUCCUUCGGUCAGAACUGCUGCCACUCAGCUGAAGCUGUGUGCAGAGGAUCACUCAGAAGAGUUGAAGGAGGCAAAAGUAGAGUUGAUGGAUAACUUGCUAAAACGCUGUGAAGAGCAGGAAUGAUUCCAAGACCCUCCUUUGUGAUGACUCCAAAUGCUGACUGACCCUGAACUUCCACCUUCCCAUUUUUCUCCAUUUCUUGGACAUGAACUUUCACACGCUAACAGAAUAGAGCCAACUGUGUUAUCUAGGAUCUGCAACCCUAUCUUCAAACCAUUUAGGUUUCUCACAAGAAUAAAAUAAAAACAGUUACAGUC